AUGAUUCCGUCCAUGACGCCGCUCAUAGCUAAUGCUCAGAUACGGUCUGCGGCGCUUCGAAACCCCCUUCCAAUCCAGUUACACGCCUACGUCUGGCCUUUUCUGAUAAUAUGGCCUGCCUUCCUUGCCUUCUACCUCUCUCCUGAACGCUAUGAUAAAUACAUCCAAGGCUCAGAAUGGACCUUUGUCUGGGCUGGUUUUAUAUUUACUCUUCAAGCUCUCUUAUGGCUUAUGACAAAGUGGAACGUUAAUGUUGAUGCCCUUUUUACCACUGCGAGUGCGAAGUCGGUCGACGAUGCCCAGCUCAUCAAGGUCCUUCCGAUAGCUAACGCUGGAUCGGCCGAGAUAUGUCGUUUGAUUAAAGAGCAAACUGGGGGGAAAAGUCACAUCUCGUUUUUCUUCCAAAAACGGCGGUUUCUAUACUCCUCAGAGCGAAAGUGCUUUGCCCCUCUUUCCUAUGCCCUUGAUGUUGAGCCAAAGCCACACCUGAGGGAUUUUCGAGAUACCCGGGGCUUGUCAUCCAAUGCUCAGAUCGAACAUAUUCACAAUCAUUAUGGCGACAAUACCUUCGAUAUUCCAGUCCCAACUUUUGUUGAGCUAUUUAAGGAGCAUGCUGUUGCGCCGUUUUUCGUCUUCCAGGUAUUCUGCGUUGGUUUAUGGCUUCUGGACGAAUACUGGUAUUAUUCUUUGUUCACUUUGUUCAUGCUUGUUGCAUUUGAGAGCACGGUUGUCUGGCAACGCCAAAGGACUUUGAAUGAAUUUAGGAGUAUGAGCAUCAAGCCAUACGACGUUUGGGUACACCGAGAAGGCAAUUGGAUCGAAAUCAGCAGUGACAAAUUACUUCCAGGAGAUUUACUUUCUGUGAAUCGGACCAAAGAAGACAGUGGAGUCGCUUGUGAUAUUCUCUUGAUUCGAGGGAGUGCAAUUGUUAAUGAAGCUAUGCUUUCGGGAGAAAGCACUCCCUUGCUCAAAGACUCAAUCCAGCUUCGCCCAGGCAAUGAACGUAUAGAUCCUGAUGGACUCGAUAAAAACUCGUUUCUCUACGGAGGCACAAAGGUGCUACAGGUGACACAACCAAAGGCAAUUUUGGAUGGGAACGCGGAUGACAGUAUAUCGCGCAUCGGCGCUCCCCCCGAUGACGGUGCACUCGGUGUUGUUGUUAAAACUGGGUUUGAAACAAGCCAGGGAAGUUUGGUUCGAACCAUGAUCUAUUCUACCGAGCCAGUUUCUGCUAAUAAUGUGGAGGCAUUGCUUUUCAUCCUAUUCUUGCUAGUAUUCGCGAUCGCAGCAUCUUGGUAUGUGUGGCAAGAAGGUGUGGCUAGAGAUAGGAAAAGGUCGAAACUACUGCUUGAUUGCGUUUUGAUCAUCACAAGCGUCGUUCCACCGGAAUUGCCCAUGGAAUUAAGUCUGGCGGUCAAUACCAGUCUUGCAGCUCUCAGCAAAUACGCUAUUUUUUGCACUGAACCCUUCAGAAUUCCUUACGCUGGACGAGUUGAUAUUGCUUGUUUUGACAAGACCGGAACACUGACUGGGGAGGAUCUUGUGGUGGAAGGCAUUGCAGGGCUGACGCUUGGUCAAAAGAGCGCUCUAAUUUCACCAGAUGGCGCGCACACUAGCAUUGCGAAGGUGGAAAAUGUUGGUGAUGAGACGACCCUUGUGUUGGCCACCGCGCACGCUCUUGUGAAGUUGGACGAGGGUGAGAUUGUUGGCGACCCCAUGGAAAAGGCAACGUUAACAUCCCUUAAAUGGUCUCUUGGCCACAACGACAUCCUCACUAGCAGGCCAGGAGGGUUUGUCCAAACUGCGGGGCGAGUUCUCGAAUCUGUCCAGAUUAAACGGCGAUUCCAGUUUUCUUCCUCGUUAAAACGACAAAGUGCACUUGCCACCGUAACCAGCAUUGACAGACAUACCUCAAAAAGAGUCAAAGCCUCUUUUGUGGGUGUUAAAGGUGCCCCGGAAACAAUCAGCACUAUGCUUAUUUCUGUCCCUCCUUAUUAUGAGGAAACAUUCAAAUUUUUUACCCGUAAUGGUGCGCGGGUUCUUGCGCUCGCCUACAAAUACUUACACGCCGACGCUGAAUUGAGCUCUGCAAAAAUUAAUAACUUGAAACGUGAGGAGGUUGAAUCCGAUCUACAUUUUGCUGGAUUUUUAGUCCUUCAGUGCCCCCUAAAAGAGGAUGCUGUGAAAGCAUUGCAAAUGCUCAAUGAAAGCAGCCAUCGAGUUGUUAUGAUUACUGGUGAUAAUCCACUCACGGCAGUUCAUGUUGCAAAGCGAGUUGAAAUUGUUGAUCGAGAUACGCUUAUCCUCGAUGCUCCAGAACAUGAUGUGUCAGGAACAAGAUUGGUGUGGCGCAGUAUUGAUGAUAAGUUUAGCGUUGACGUUGACCCUACAAAGCCCUUAGAUGAAACUAUCCUUCAGACAAAGGAUCUUUGCGUCACUGGGUAUGCUUUAGAAAAGUUCAGGGGGCAAAUGGCGCUUCCUGAUCUUCUCCGUCAUACCUGGGUAUAUGCGCGAGUAUCGCCAAAACAAAAAGAGGAUAUCCUUCUGGGAAUGAAAGAUGCCGGCUACACCACAUUGAUGUGUGGCGAUGGAACCAAUGACGUUGGGGCUUUAAAACAAGCCCAUGUUGGCGUGGCUCUCCUUAACGGGACGCCGGAGGAUCUUAGCAAAAUUGCUGAGCAUUUCCGAAUGACCAAGAUGAAGGAGAUCUACGAGAAGCAAGUUUCUCUUAUGAAGAGAUUCAACCAGCCAACUCCACCCGUCCCCUUACACAUCGCCCAUUUGUAUCCACCCGGACUAAAUAAUCCGAAUUAUGAAAAGGCGAUGCUCCGUGAAGCUGAAAAGAAAGGCCCAGCCACUAUUGCUGCUCUACAAGAAGCCAGCAACGUACCAACUAUCGUGUCUCCUGGUGCCCAGGCACUACAGAAUGCUUAUGAUAAUGUCAAUUCUCAGCAACACCGUGAGCAACAGGCUAAGAUUGCCGCCGCCAGCCUUGCAGAUAAACUUACGACUAGUAUGAUGGAGCAGGAAAUGAACGACGAUGAGCCACCUUCACUUAAGUUAGGAGAUGCAUCAGUGGCUGCGCCAUUCACAAGCAAGCUUGCCAAUGUUAUUGCCAUUCCCAACAUCAUUCGUCAAGGACGUUGCACACUAGUCGCCACGAUUCAAAUGUAUAAAAUUUUAGCAUUGAAUUGUCUUAUCAGUGCGUACAGUCUAAGUGUAAUAUAUCUUGAUGGAAUUAAAUUCGGAGACGGACAAGUUACUAUCAGUGGAAUGCUCAUGAGCGUGUGUUUCUUGUCCAUAUCUCGAGCAAAGCCAGUCGAAGGACUUUCCAAAGAGCGCCCACAGCCGAACAUCUUCAACAUUUACAUUAUCGGCUCUAUUCUCGGACAAUUUGCUAUCCACAUCGCGACCUUGAUUUACCUCUCUCAAUAUGUCUAUUCAAUUGAGCCGCGCAAGGAAAAUAUCGAUCUUGAGAAAGAGUUUGAACCAUCCCUUUUAAACUCGGCCGUCUACCUUCUUCAGCUCAUUCAACAGAUAUCUACAUUUUCUAUUAACUACCAAGGGCGACCUUUCCGAGAAUCCAUCCGUGAAAACCGAGGCAUGUACUGGGGCCUUAUCCUGACUUCACUCGUAACCGUUUCAUGUGCUACUGAGUUCAUCCCGGAGCUCAACGAAAAGAUGCGACUUGUGCCUUUUAGCACCGAAUUCAAGUUUAUCCUCACCGCGCUCAUGUGUGUAGAUUAUGCAGGCUGUUGGUUGGUGGAGAAGGGACUCAAAAAGUUUUUCAGCGAUUAUAAACCAAAAGAUAUCGCUAUCAGGCGCCCAGAUCAAAUUGCAAGGGCUGAAGCAAGGAGAUUACGGGAAGUAGAAGAGGAAGAACGUGAAAAUGACAUCAAAACAAGACUUUAA